GAAAGAGAGACUGUGAGUGAGUGUGUGUGUGUGUGUGUGAGAGAGAGAGAUAUAUAUUAUAUCAGAACUCCUCUGUAGCUCGAGAAAUUUUGGAUUUUGCUGCUCAAUUCAUUACACAGGUAUAUAAUGUCGAGGGAUGUCAAGUUUUCCCGUAGAGAUUCCGGCAAGCACGAGGAAAUCGAGAAUAACAUCCCUGAGAAUCUCCAAGCUUCGUUUUUGUCUCAAACCAGCAACGAUUCCAUUUCUCUGUCACGGGCUCCGCUAAACACGAUCCAGGAUCCGUUGAACAACACCAAACACGAGAAGGAAUCGAGGAGUAAGAUCGAAGGAACUCCGUCUAAGCUUAGAGCUAAGAACCCAGAUCCAGCAUUACCUCUACGGACGCCUGAUAACAAGCAUAGAUCAGCGGCGUUCUCUAAAAACCGGUUUGGCUGGGGCGAGAAGUGUGAUUCCAUCGCAAACACGACUCCUAAAACCGGUAGAGUCGCCGGGAGAGCUAAUUCGGAGACCAAUUCUUCGACGCAGAACACGCCUACGAAGAGCGUUUCUAAGCCGCCGGGAUCUUGUUACAGAGGGAAGCUCGAUGGAGCAGGAGCUGUUAGAGCUGGUGGCUAUGCUUCGUUGUACAAAGGGUUCUCUAGCUCUUCUGGGCAAGUUUCAGCUGUUGUCAAUACCGUCGAAGUCCCUCACUUUGACCUUAAGGAAGAUCCAUCUUUUUGGAUGGAUCACAACGUACAGAUUCUUAUACGUGUCCGACCGCUUAAUAGCAUGGAGAAGAGUAUAAAUGGGUACAAUAGGUGCUUAAAGCAGGAAAGCUCGCAAUGCUUAGCAUGGAAUGGACCACCAGAAACACGAUUUUUAUUCGAUCAUGUGGCUUGUGAGACAAUUGACCAGGAUACCCUUUUUCGGGUUGCCGGUCUGCCCAUGGUGGAAAACUGCUUGUCUGGCUACAACAGCUGUAUAUUUGCGUAUGGCCAGACAGGAAGUGGAAAAACGUAUACAAUGCUUGGGGAAGUCGGUGAUUUAGAAGUUAAACCAAGUCCUAACAGAGGAAUGAUGCCACGGAUAUUUGAGUUUUUAUUUGCAAGAAUACAAGCUGAGGAAGAGAGCAGAAGAGACGAGAGACUUAAAUACAGUUGCAAAUGCUCUUUCCUUGAGAUUUACAAUGAGCAAAUCACAGACCUCCUUGAACCGUCUUCAACAAAUUUGCAGCUUCGAGAGGACAUUAAGAACGGUGUCUAUGUGGAAAAUCUCACUGAGUUUGAAGUAGAGAGUGUUCAAGACAUCUUAGGGCUUAUCACACAGGGUUCUUUGAAUCGAAAAGUUGGAGCCACUAAUAUGAACAGAGAGAGCAGCCGAUCACAUAGUGUAUUUACAUGCGUGAUCGAGAGCAGGUGGGAAAAAGACUCAACAACUAAUAUGCGUUUUGCAAGACUGAACCUGGUUGAUCUUGCUGGAUCAGAGAGGCAGAAAACUUCUGGCGCUGAAGGUGACCGCCUGAAAGAAGCUGCUAAUAUCAAUAAAUCAUUGUCCACACUAGGACAUGUCAUUAUGGUUCUUGUGGAUGUUGCAAAUGGUAAACCAAGGCAUAUUCCAUAUCGUGAUUCCAGGCUGACAUUUCUUCUUCAGGACUCUUUGGGUGGCAAUUCCAAAACAAUGAUCAUUGCUAAUGCUAGUCCUUCCGUCAGUUGUGCAGCAGAGACGCUAAACACUCUUAAAUUUGCUCAGAGAGCAAAGCUAAUCCAGAAUAAUGCUGUGGUCAACGAAGAUUUCAACGGAGAUGUCCUCGAAUUACGCCGUCAAAUCCGACUUUUAAAGGAAGAGCUUUCCCUCCUCAAGCGCCAGAACAUCUCCAGGGCAUUGUCAUUUGGAUCAGCAACAGCCAACUUUUCAGAACUCCAAGUCAAUUCUCCAUCAAGUGAAAUGCACGAGACAGGACAUCAGCUGGCUGGUAAUUCGCUUGUGUAUGAAUCUGGAGGCUGUGUAAGGAUGUCUAGAAAGCAGUUGAAAUCUUUGGAGACAACACUUGCUGGCUCAUUGAGAAGAGAACAUGUGGCUGAUGCUUCAAUUAAGAAGCUUGAAGCUGAGAUUGAGCAUCUAAACCGCUUGGUUCGACAAAGAGAGGAAGAUACUAGGAGCACAAAAAUGAUGCUCAAAUUUCGAGAAGACAAGAUACAGAGGCUAGAAUCACUUCUCGGCAACCAUAUAUCUGCAGAUGCUUUUUUGCUCGAAGAGAAUAACGUGUUAUCAGAAGAGAUUCAGCUGCUUCAAGCUAAAAUUGAUAAAAAUCCUGAAUUGACUCGCUUUGCCCUUGAAAACAUAAGGCUUCUUGACCAACUUAGAAGAUUUCAAGAGUUCUAUGAGGAAGGUGAGAGAGAAAUUCUGCUGGGCGAAGUCUCUAAUCUGCGAAACCAGCUCUUCCAAUUUAUUGAUGAAAACUCCAACCAGCAAAAACAUCCUGAUGAUGGAAUAGAGCCACAGGGUGCAUUACGUAUUAGCAAGGAAAAUAAUUCCCUACAGGAGGAGUUAAAACAGACCUGUAACGAGCUUGAGAAAUGCAGAAGUAACCUUGGUUCUUGCCUGGAAGAGAAUGCAAAGCUUAGUAGAGAUAUCCAUGAUCUGCAGGCUAUGGUCAGUGAUAUCAGAGCUUCCACACCGGAUGAUCAUAGCAUUGCGAACAAUAACAAGGCCUUGUUGGGAGCUCAAAAUGCUGAGUGGCACGAAACACUAGCUGGUCAGCAAGUCAAUCAUGUAGAAGAAAUCAUCAAACUGCAGCUUGAUUUGGAUGUAUUGAAAAUUAUACUAGAUGAGGAAAGGACACUACGUGGUGACACAGAGGCACAGGCGGUUCGCUUGAAACUUGAUAUUGGAGAGUUGCAAGACCAACUACUUACGUUGAGCGAGCAGCACGAAAAUGUAAACAGUGAGCUGGGGGAGACAAAGUCUGUAGUUGAAGCUCUCGAAUCGCAAAACAUAAUAUUGAUCCAAGAAGCACUAGAGUUGAGGAGAAUAAAGGAGAACUAUAUUGAGCUUUUACAAAAGCAAGAGCUUGACAUCCCAGCAAUGAAGUCCAAACAGAGCAAUGAGUUCAAAGAUAUUCCCGCAGAGGACAAUGCAAUUGACACGAAGUUUAAGAAGAUGCAGUCAUCUCUUGAAAAAGCUAAGAGGUUGAACAUGUUGUUAAAGAGUGAUAUUGCUUCUAAGGCAUGUGGAGAUGAAGAAAUGGGUGAAGUUCAUAGGCAAGCUGAAGCUGCAACUGCCGAGGUGAUUGUCUGUUUGCAGAAUGAGCUCGAAGUUCUUCAGAAGGAGGUCAGUGAUUUCCAAUCAAAAGAAAAGGUGACUGAAAAGCAGGUACAGGUUUUGGAAACUCGGAUGGAUGAGCUGCAGGAUAACCUACGAGAUAUGACCAUGGAUAAUGAGCAGUUGCAAGAAAAUCUCAGAGGCAAAGAAAUGGAACUACAGAUCAUAUCAAAUGAAAUGGAACUUCUCACAGCUGAGCUUGAAGAAAUUCUGCUGAAUGGGAAUGAAGGUCUUACAGAUGCGUGUUACCAGGCUGAUCUAAUUUCGGGUUCCUUUCCAGAUAAAAGGAUAUGGAUAUCUGAACAGAUUGGAGGAUUAAAAAGAACAAUUUCUGAGAGGGAAUUAAUGAUUGAAGAUCUUGAAAAUUGUUUAGAGGAUGCGAAUAAAAAGCGAUGUGAUAUAGAAUCCAUGUUGAAGUCUCUUAGAGGGGCAGCAUUAGUAAUGAGUGAAGCGCACCAGAGAGAGUACGAGGAAAAGGAGACACAUGUUCAGCUCUUGAAAUCACAGUUGUGCACAAAAACAGAGGCCAUAUCAAGGCUUCAAGAGAAGCUGAAGAUGGCUGAAAGUUGGAUUUAUGAGGCAUCACAUUGUGCAACAGCCUCUUUAGUAAUUGUCAACCGAAAUUCUGAGGUAAUCGAAUCCUAUACUUUUGAGUUGAAGGAAAAGGAUCUCCAGAUUGAGGAAUCUGCUGGAACAAUCCUUUCUCUGAAGCAACAAGUACAAGAUCUGGAAGCAACCUGUGAGGAAUUUAGAAGAAAACUUCUAGAAGAAGAAAAGAAUGCUUCUGCUAUGGAACGAAGGCUUGAAGAAAUUGAGGAGACUGGCAUUUCGUCCAUGAAAGAGAAGCUUUCUGAGCUUAAGGGUGGCGUAUCUGGACUCAGAUCUUGCGUAAACAUGUGUCAAGAGCAUGAUAAAUACACUGAGGCAGAGAACUCACUACGUUCUCCAGCCCACUGUAGUGAAGGACAAGGACUUGGAAAGAAUGUAGUUGUUUCCUCUUGCAUAGUGAAGAUUCCAAACAACAAUCAUACGGAGCCCAUCAGUUUUAACAGCAAGGUGUCUAGUGAGAGAGGUGAAGUGAUUAUACUGCUAAGGCAAGAAAUGGAAUCUGCUCUUGUAAGCUUAAAGAAGGUUCAAUUUGAGAUGGCCAAACUCCAGGAUGAGAAGGAAGAGCUAAAGGCGUCUGAGAAAAGAAGCUUAAGCAAUUUAAACGACCUUUCUGCACAGUUUUGCAACCUUGAAAAUCUGAUGAAUAACAUAGAAAAACAAUAUGAGCACAAGUUGGAAGUCACAGAUCAUAAACUUAAGACUUUGGAGCAUGACUUUGCUAAGAUGAAGAUAGAGGCUGACCAGAAAUCUGUAGAAAACUUGUGUAUUUUUAAGAAGUUUGAGGAGGCCCAAGGGAUUAUUAAAGAAGCUGAUAUCACGCUCAAUGAGCUCAUAAUAGCGAAUGAAAAGAUGAAAGCUGAUCUGGAAAAACAGAGGAAAAGGGAAAUCAGUUUGGUUGGAGAGAGAAGCGCCUUAGUUGACAAGCUGCAAGAGCUGGAAUCCAUAAAGGUCAUAGGAAAUGAGAAGUUUGAGAACCUUGAGAAGCUAUUUGAGUCAAGUUUAAUGGAUAACUGCUCAAAGGAUGUUGAGUCACUUGUUCUGGCGCUAAAAGUAGAAGAAUAUUCUUCUUGUCUCGCAGUUGUGGAUAGAGAGCUUCUUGAUUAUCAUGCCAUCGUUGAGGGUCUUAAAGAGAAAUUGUUUGUUUCCCAGGUGGAAAGUGAGCUCAAAGACCUCUGUCUGGCUGAUAACAAAUUGGAGACCGUUUCGAUGGAACAAAAGCUGACUGAAGCACAAAGAAAAAUCAAGGCUCUCUCAUCGGACCUUAAUCACAGUGUGCAAAAAAUUGCCGAAAUGGACGAAGUAAACAAGGUUUUUGGAGAAAGAGUCUUCUUCUUGGAGUCUUGCGUUGCUGGCCUACAUCAAGAUUUGGCGAUGAAAGCUUCUGAAAUUUACAGUCUCGAACAUUCCCAGUCAGUGGUUGCAGAAGAAUUAGAUAUCAAAGAAAGGGAUAUACAAGCUUAUGCUAAGGCUGUCGGUGCGUUGAAGAAUGAAAACAGCUCCCUUAAGCACAAGUUUAUACAUUUUGGUGAAGAUCAGUCCAAAGCAAUAGAUGUCACGAGCUUAAGCAUUGCCAAAUGCAUACAACUAACCAGGGAUGGUCUGGUUAUUUCUGAUAAAACUUUCGAACUGAUAUGUGAUAACGCCAAUAAGGCUUCGGAAUUCGCAGAUACCGUUCAAUCUUUGCAGAUUGAUGUACAAGACUUGUUGUCUGAGAAUGUGAAGCUCCAGGAUGAACUUUUGAGAAAGGAUGAUGUUUUAAAGGGGUUGUCUUUUGACCUAAGCCUACUACAAGAAUCUGCUUCCAUAUCCAGAGACAAGAAAGAUGAAUCAAGGGAAAUCAUGGUUCAUGUUGAAGCUUUAGAAAAGGCACUAGCUUUGAAAACCUUUGAACUAGAAGAUGUUGAAGCUAGGCUGCAAGAGAGCAAAGAAAUUAUUUGCAACCUUGAAGCGGAUACUGAAAAGGUAAGGCAGUGCCAAAAAAAAUUGUCAGCGGAAAAUGAAGAAAUUAGAGCAGAAGCCGAAUAUCUCUUGGCAGAAAAAAACUCUCUAGAGGAGGAGCUGAUCCAGACAAAGAAGGUAUCGGAGAGCAUGGAGAUGGAGCUCUUUAAUCUAAGAAAUGCUCUCGGAGAAUUGAAUGAUACAGUUGAGUUUAACCAGAGCAAAUUAAAGGAGACCAUGGUUGACAGGGACAGUCUCCAAGAUGAGGUUUUGUACCUGAAAGAAGAAGUCGGGAAGAUGAAUGCUGAGGCUAGAAAAAUAGAAGUUAGGUACAUCGAAGCUCAAGAGAUUGCUGAAUCAAGAAAGAUAUAUGCCGAUCAGAGAGAAGAGGAAGUGAAGCUAUUAGAGGGAUCAGUUGAGAAGCUUGAGUAUACUAUUAAUGUACUUGAAAAUAAGGUUAACGUUAUCAAAGAUGAAGCUGAAAGACAGCGUCUGCAAAGGGAGGAGCUGGAGAUGGAGCUUCAUACCAUACGCCAGCAGAUGGAAAGUUCUAGAAAUUCUGAUGAAGAAAUGAAAAGGAUUUUAGAUGAAAAGAACAUGGAUCUUGAGGAAGCUAAGAAGCAUAUAGAAGCGCUUGAGAGAAGUAAGGCUCACCAAAAGACCGAGAUUUCUCAACUCAGCGCGCAUAUCUCAGAAUUAAAUUUGCAUGCAGAGGCUCAAGCUAGAGAUUACAUGCAUAAGUUCAGAGAAUUGGAGGCAAUGGCUGAGCACGUAAAGCCAGAAAUUCAUGUUUCUCAAGCUAUGGAUUCUUCAUUGAGUAAAGGUUCGGGGAAGCCUCGGGGUUCUGGCUCUCCUUUCAGGUGCAUAGGGUUGGGAAUCGCACAACAAAUGAGAUCUGAGAAGGAUGAGGAGCUUGCUGCUGCAAGGCUACGAAUUGAGGAGCUUGAAACUGUAGUUGCAACUCGGCAGAAAGAGGUAUUUUUAUUGAACUCAAAGCUCGCCAAGGUAGAUAGUAUGACCCAUGAUAUCAAUCGAGUGAUGCUGGGUCUCAAACAGAAUUGUGCUUCAUUAUUGGAUAGUCAGCAAGUAUUGAAGAUAGCAGAGAUGCUUCAACUUCAUAGUACAGAUUCACAAGAAAGGGAUUUUGAAGUCUCUCAGCUCAAGCAGAAACUCAAUGAAUAUAAUGAGGAAAGGCAAGGGUGGAUAGAGGAGAUGGAAGGAAAGCAGACUGAUCUAGUUACCGCGCAGAUAGAACUCGAGGAACAAAGGCAGCAUGAGCAACUGCUCAAGAAAGAAAACAAAUUCCUGAAGAAGGAGAAUGUAAGUCAUAAAAGAAAAGUAAUGGAACUUGAAGCAGAAGUGAAUAAGCUAUCGUUGCUGCAAAAUCCAGAGUGGAGAACUCGUGAUCAUGGUAGAAUCAAGGAAGAAAACAAUAUGUUAAAACUACAGCUUGAUGAGCUCAACCUGAAGCUACGAAGAGCAGAUGUGAAUAUAUCUCGUGCCAAAGAAGAGCUUGCUUGGUACCGAGCAUCUGCCGGAAAAAACCGGCCGUGCCAAAUGUGUAGUGUAGAAUAAUAGAAAAGAAACAUUUGAUUAAUUGCUAACUUUUGAAUUCUUAUUAUACUGUAGUAGAUAAAACCGUAAGUUUUGUUUACAUUAGCAAAAUUCAUGGUAUUGUAUAUAUAUUA